CGCCUUCUCGCACCGCCGCAACUUCCAGCCUUCCACCGCCCCGAGUGUCUUCCGGACUCCGGAGAGAAAACUUCCGAAGCCAGCGCCCCCAAAAACGCCGCGCCGCUCCAGUAGUCCAGCCCCCGCCAGGCCGCCAUGGCUGCUGCCGCCGCCGCCGCCUCCUCCUCCAACCCCUUCCCGUUCCCGACCCGCCGCCCGCCGGACGACACCCUCUUCUACGCCGUCUACCCGCUCCCGCUCCCCACCGGCCUGCCCACUCCCGCCCUCCUCGCCUCCCUCCAGUCCCUUCACCUCUCUCUCCUCUCCCACCUCGCCCCCUUCCUCUCCUCCCACCUCUUCCAUCGCGACCCCUUCUCGCUCUCCCUCCCCGCCGACCCCUCCUCCCCCUGCGCGCUCUGCGCCUCGCCGCCCUUGCCUCACCUCCACGGCGCGCUCCGCUUCGGCGACUCCCUCCCCGACGAGUGGCUCGCCGUCUCCCUCCUCUUCGCGCUCACCCGCGCCUUCCCGGACCUCGUCGCGCGCGCGUGGGACUCCGACGGGGACUUCCUCCUCAUCGAGGCCGCCUUCGCGCUCCCGCGCUGGCUCGACCCGGACACCGCCCCCAACCGCGUCUUCAUCUUCCGCGGGGAGCUGCACAUCCUGCCGCCCUCGCUCUUCCCCGAAACGCCCUCCCUCGAGGCCGCGCUGGCCGCCGUCUACGACGGAGUCGUCGACACCCGCGCCUCCGACGCUGUCCAGGCCGCCAUACAGCGCCGCAUCGCUGGGAUGCCGGAGAAGGCGUCGGAAAACCUCCACACGGCUCGCGUCAUCGUGCCGGCGCCCGUGGCGAAGGUUCUCAAGGAGGAGCCCUGUCUGAUCGCCCGCGCAGUUGAGGGGUUCUAUGACCGGGACAUAGACACCAUGAAGCACGCCGCGAGGAUGGACAAGUUCCUGAAGGGUCCAGGCGGGGAGGGAGUUGAGAUGGUGAGGACGUCUGUGCGUAUGACACGAGCAAUGUAUGCCCAGCUCAUGCAGCAGAGUUUCCAGGCACCGAGGGGUUACCCCAUGCCAAGGAGGGAGGAGGGUCCGGACAGGUGGAGGGAGGCAGAGCUGGGGAUGAAGAUCGCGUGUGGGUUUGAGAUGAUGUACCAGGAGAGGCGGCGCGAGGGAGAGGAAGGGAAGGGGAGCACAUGGGAGGUUUACAGGAAGAGCUUGGAGGCGACUGGGUGCUUUGAGGGGUUGGUUCCUGGGUCGAAGGAAUAUAAAAGGGUCAUGGAGGAUGCAAUGCAGUAUUACAAGAGCACGAGUUUGUUCUUGCGAACAAGGGAGAUACUGAGUGCACCUGUCCAUCGAAUUGAUGAAAUCCUUGCAAUGCCGUACUCAGCUGAGGAUUUUCAAGGCAUUAGCCUUCCCCCAAGUGAUGAUGAUUCUUGGUUGUGUAACGGGGAGGAUGAGUUGAAUGCGGAACUUCAGGAGAGGCAGAAGGAAAUGGAAGAGUAUGAGGCUGUAAAGAAGAAUAGAAAAAGUCAAAAGCAAAAUGUCUCUGGCAGUUCUAGCUCCCAGCCAAGCGAGUUUAAUCUUGGAGAUAUCACAGACUCCAUGCAAGAAUUUGUUAAAAAAAUGUCAAGCUUUGAGGGAGCUGAAGUUCCUUCAAACAGGAAAGACAUGGAAUCAGUGGACCUGGAUGUCGACCAGUUCUUCAAGGCCAUGGAGUCAGUGUUAGGAAGAGAUUCACAAGAGGAAGAUGGUAAUGAUGGUGAAUUCGAUACAAAGUCCUUCUCAUCUGACAUGGACUUCGAUGAUUCUGAUUAUGAGAAUGAUUCUGCUGAAGAGGCUGGUGACAAGGAUAUGGAUGAUUCUUUCAUGGAAUCAUAUUCAGAUGCUUUGAAUAAAGAACUAAGUAAAACCACUAUUGAGGAAACGUUUUCUCGAGCACAACGCCCUAGCACGAACAAAGAGGGUCCCUCAAAUGCUGAUGAUAGUGAUGGGGAUAUGGCUCCAGUUGAUGUAGAUUUGAACCUUGUGGAGAGUUUUCUUAACUCCUACUCGUCUCAACAAGGCCUUCCCGGCCCAGCUUCCAAUCUGCUUGGACUUAUGGGUGUAAAGGUACCUACGGAUGGUAAAAAGUAGUGAUUUUGUUCUUUUAGUAUACACUUGAUAUUUCAGAAAAUAUAGGAAAAGCAUAUUAGUAUGUUACUUCUCGAGGUGUUGGUUAGCUGCCCAAUUUGUUGUGGGCAUUGUAUCUUAUUAUGUGUGUAAUCCCAACUUCUCAGAGGUCUUGGUUAGCUGCCCAAUUUGUUGUGGCAUUGUAUGUUAUUAUGGGCGUAAUCCAGACUUAGAUUCUUUGGUUAGCUGCCAAAUUUGUUUGGCAUUGUAUCUUAUCAUGUGUGUAAUCCCAAUACUGUACUUUGCAAAUCCUCAGAAAAGGAAAUAUCAGCAUAACAAGAUAAUUACUCA